AUGCUUCGAAUCAAGCAAGAUUCCUGCGAUUUUAUUCAACAAAUAGGAAUUCAAUACGUUCCUUUGAAAAAAGUUGCUGUUGAGGCGUACAUCAAUUUGUUUGCUGUUGAUGUAACUAUUAAACAAAUUUUUCGAAAUAAUGAAACUAAACCUAUUGAAGCUGUUUAUUGUUUUCCAAUUGAAGAACAAGCAGCUGUCUAUUCAUUCAUUGCCCAAAUUGAUGAACGACAAAUUGUUGCAUAUUUGAAGGAAAAACAAGAAGCACAACGGGAAUACAAUAAUGCUCUUCGACAAGGUCAUGGUGCCUAUUUACUCGAACAAGAUGAAAAGUCUCAAGAUAAUUUUAUAAUCAAUGUUGGUGCCUUACCACCAGGUAAAGAAUGUCAUAUUUCAAUAUCAUAUGUAUCCGAAUUGAAUUUGGUUCAAAAUGGAAGUUUUAUUCGUUUUUGUAUUUCAACAACAAUUGCACCACGUUAUAAUCCAGAUGAAGGCGGUAUUAGUUCACCAGCAGGUACUACGGCUAAAUACGUUCAAAAAGUUCCAUACACAAUUGAAAUUCAUUGUUAUGUGACAAAACUCAAUGUCUCUAGAGUCAGUUCAUCAUCUCAUCCGAUUCUCAUUGAAACUCGUCAAGAUGAUUUCUAUUUCAUCCAGUUUGCCCAAGAAAAUACGUAUCUAGAUCGAGAUAUUAUAGUUGAUAUUGAAUUAGAGAAUAAUCGUUCGAAUACUAUUGUUGCGGUGGAACCUGGUGCUAUUAUGGCAUCAUUUACACCUACCGAACAAGAUUGUCAACGAACAAUCAAUAAUGCGGAAUUAGCAAACGAAUUCAUCUUUGUUGUUGACUGUAGCGGGUCAAUGGAGAACAAAAAUAAAAUUGGACUGGUUCGCGAAGCUAUGCUUCUUUUUCUCAAGAGUUUGCCGACUAAUUGCCAUUUUAAUAUUAUUCGAUUCGGAUCAAAUUAUUGCACACUAUUCGACGAUAUAACUGCUAUUUACAAUGAAGAAAAUGCGCAAAAGGCCGAACAACUAACAAAAUAUCUGAAAGCUAAUUUGGGAGGGACUGAAUUAUUAGAACCUCUUCAAUGGUUAGAAAAGCAGUCUCCAAGAGAAAAUCGUGCAAGACAAAUAUUUCUGCUGACAGAUGGAGAAAUUUCAAAUGUCGAUCAAGUCCUCGAUAUAUGUCGUUCGAUGGCUACCUCUACACGUAUAUUUUCAUUUGGUUUGGGUCAUUCACCGAGUCGUUCACUCGUCAAAGGUCUUGCACGAGCAACAAAUGGAUCCUUCGUCUUUAUUCCGUCUGAUACGAGCGUUGACAUACAUGUUGGUGAACAACUUCGAAAAGCUCUACAACCAUGCAUAACGAACAUACAAGUAAAAUGGAACGUAGAUAUUGACAUUGUGCAUGCACCUACAAAACUACCACCAAUCUACGCUAAUGAUCGUCUAAUGGUUUAUGGACUAGCGAAUGAUCCAGAAUUGGUGUUCGAUCAUAAUUCCAGUGUCGUACUAAAGAUUGAUGAGAAUCGUUUGGGAGAAGCGAAAAUAAAUAGUAUACCACAGGUUAGCAACAAUAACAUGAUCGCAAGACUUGCAGCUAAAGCACUGAUUCUCGAGUUACAACAUUCGAAAUUAACUUCAUCAACCAUAAAAAACAUUACACUUUCAUUACAAAGUCGAUUUAAAAACGAACAGUUAUCUUUGACAUCAGCGAUGACAGUUGAUGAGAAAGAAAUUACAAAACAACGUAUUAUUGAACUUUCACUCAAGUAUCAAAUUUUAAGUCCACACACUACUUUUGUUGGUAUUGAACAGCGAAUAAAUGGCAACAACGUUGGUAUGUUCUUGCGUGAGGUGCCUAUUCAAAUAUCGACUGAUGAUCAACAUUUAUUUAGAGUCUUUCCAAUGAGUUCUAUUCCAAAGGUAAAUUGCCAUAUGGCAGCACCAUUAGUUGCUCCAUCAUCUACGUAUCGACACGCAUGCGGUUCAACUUCCUUUGUUACGCCAUUUGAUCGGUCUUCUGGAGGAAACAUGUUUGAUCCUUGCGUUAAUGAUAUUGCUUCUUGUUGCGUGUUCCCUGACGUAUCGGAAGAUUUCCUCGAACUAGACGAUAUCCUAUCCUAUGAACAGAAAUGCGAUGUGACUGAAAUACAUCCUCCAGAUGAAGAAGAGCCGUGGCCAACAGAAGAUCAACAUAUUGUUCGCUAUCUUAUCAACAAACAAAAGUUUGAUGGUUUAUGGGAUUUAAAUGAAAAAGAUAUAGAAAAACUAACUGGAAAAUCAUUCGCAAAUUUUUCACAAAUUGAUAAUCCGAAGGUAGCCAUGUUAGCUAUUGUAAUAAUCACAUUAGAAACACGUUACUCGGCAUUAUCUUUAAUGUGGCACGGUGUCAUACAAAAAGCUCUCAAACGUCUUCUUGAAUUACUCGGCCACAAUGCUGAUCAGCUUCGAUCAAUUUUAGAAAUGGUUCGUCAACAAUUAUGA